AUGGAUGGAAUACUGAACUUCAGCGGAGCUCUGAACCUGAGCUCUGCAGCCGAUGGGAUCUUUAGUUUCGAGGACAUCGACGUGAGCGCGGACGGGAGCGCCAUCCUGAGGAUCCUCAUCUCCGUGGUGUACUCCGUGGUGUGCGCCACGGGGCUGGUGGGCAACCUGCUCGUCGUCUUCCUCAUGAGGUUGCGCCAAGGUCGCAAGAGGUCGACCAUCAACGUGUUCAUCAUCAACUUGGCGGUGACGGACUUCCAGUUCGUGCUCACGCUGCCCUUCUGGGCCGUGGACACCGCGCUGGACUUCAGCUGGCCCUUUGGAGACGCCAUGUGCAAGAUCAUCCUCUCCAUCACCGUGAUGAACAUGUACGCCAGUGUGUUCUUCCUCACGGCCAUGAGUGUGACCCGCUACUGGUCGGUGGCCUCGGCUCUGAAGAAGAAGACCUACCGGAGGUCGCGGUGCGUAAAGUGGGUGUGCGCGGUCCUCUGGGUGUUCGCCACCGUGGCCACAGCUCCCACCGCGAUCUUCUCCUCAGUGACCGUGGUGGCCGGGGAGAAGCUCUGUCUCCUCCGGUUCCCUGAAGGCCACGACUGGCUCGCCCUCUACCACAUCCAGAAGAUCCUGGUCGCCUUCAUCAUCCCCAUGCUCAUCGUCUGCGUCAACUACCUGAUGCUCCUGCGCUUCGUGAGGCAGAGGAGCAUGGGCACCAGCAACCCCAAGCGCAGGUCCAGGGUCACCAAGUCCGUGGCUAUAGUGGUUUUAUCCUUCUUCUGCUGCUGGAUGCCCAACCACGCCAUCACCUUCUGGGGGGUGCUGGUCAAGUUCAACGCGGUGGACUGGGACAAGUCGUACUACAUGGUGCACACCUACGUGUUCCCGGUCACCGUGUGCCUGGCGCACGCCAACAGCUGCUUGAACCCGGUGCUUUACUGUCUGAUGAGGCCGGAGAUCAGGAAGAUGCUCAGUGGUUUGUUCUGGAGAGCUUCCACUCCAUCCGCCAGCCGAGCCUGUCCCACCCGCUCCUUAACGCAGGUAGAGACCCAGGCGGUGGUCCCUCUCCAGAUCCUGGACAACGGAGAGUACACGCUGUCCAUCAUAGACCGGAAAGGAGUGUCCGGCUCCAAGAUGAUCCCGAACACCAGAUAA